AGCAUGGCAAUACAUCAAACCUUAACCGAGAACAUGCGACUGGACUACUGGCUAUUAAUGAUCCACGUGUGACGUAACCAUUGAUUCGCGUCAAUAUAUCGUAUGCAGUUUGUUAUUUCGGCUAAUGUACGCGAUAUUUGAUCGUGCUAUAUUUUUUCUAUAUGAAUGAAUGACAUCAAACUCAAUAUUUAAGUGGCUUCUGUCAUUUAUCUGAGCUGACAAGCACGGUGGAGACUCGGACUUAUGCGGACAUUCUUCGUGAGCUGAGACCUCAGCAUCGUCGUUUGUUUGGAUCCAAACGUUCAGAUCCGGUCAAGGAAAGUCAGUGCUGAUUAUCGAUAUGAUACAGAUUAUUGCAAUAUCCUCACUAAAAGUUGCACAUUUUUAAUUAGGCCCACUAAUAGACCGGUCUAGGGCCCUGGUCUUCAAUUUAGCCAUCUUCAGAAAGAGAUGGUCACGCAUGCUACGAGGGGUUGAUUAAAAUCUCUAACGCGUGUAGACUCUACGUAGGGUUCGAGGCGAGAACAAGCAACAAGUUGUGCACAACACACCUCAUUCUUUUGCGUGCGUGUGGCUUGGCAUUAGCGUGCACAUUUGAAAGUGUGCCCGAGGUCAACUCAACCUGGCACGUGUUGUGUUUGAGGGUUUACGAGUUUUGCCCAACCGAGGCCGAAGUCCGAGAAAGAUCAGAGCUGUUGGAGAAUCCAUAUCCACCUGUUUCUCAUCAGGAUUUCAACCGCAGCCGCAGCAGGAUCCGGCAGAGGGAGGGGGAGAAGGGGGGCGUGCCAGCGCGCCUCUGGAUUGAAUAAAACUCGCAAGCUAGUGCUACUGGAUUUAAUGUGGAGACCUGACAGAAGAUUUGGAUUGAGAAAAGGAAAAAACGUAGAUAUGCCUGCUCGAAUAUUAGUCCCAGAAACCUCUGUCUUCUGCUCUGAGAGGUUUUAUCGUCUGCUUUGAUACUGUGACUGAAGAGAAAGUUAGGUUUGAAAAGGGUCUAUCAAUUGGCGGACACGUGCAGAUAAACUCUCGGGACCACCUUGAAGGUCCCAUAAAGAGGAUGGUGUGACGGACAGACAGAGAGACGAGGGACCCUGUAAAACCAUCGCCCUCAAGAGCCAGACAAUGGCCCCUGCAUCCAUCCUCAUCCUCACCCUCAUCCUGUCCUCCCUUCAUCCCUCCUCUGGCCAAGUGAGCGUCAGAUCGUCCCCUUCGGUUCCCGACCCCGUCCUCACUCUAUCCCCACAACCCACCCUGCCCUCAUCUCGUCCCAGUGGUUGGGGCGAUGUGUCCGUCAGGGUAACCAGCAGGGAUUGGCCCACGGAGAGAGGAGUUGGGGGGGUGACUGGUGCUCCCACAACAAGGACCAGAAUGACAGGCCUCAGUCGACACUUUCCUCCCUCUCAGACAUUCAAUGUUGGGUCAGCCCAAAGCCAGCCCACUUCCGUUCAGAUCAAGACGGGUCUGCUAACGCCAGAAUCAAGCGCAGUUGGAUCCGCAAGUGGUCCAAAACCGCUUCCACCCACCAAACCCUCAGAGGCUGAACCGGUGACGUCAGGGCUCAGGGAAUCCGAUGGACUCAUCCAACCAGGGGACAUGGAUGAUUGGCAGACAACCGGGUCAGGGAGUGAACUCAUCCCUGCAGUUUUGGCCGUUGUGGAAGAGGAGUCACCGGUUGCCUUGACCACGUCGGGUGGGAUGCCACAGUUACGGCCAGAGGCUCAGACGGCUUAUGGCGAAGAGCCUUCCAAAAUGGACAAAGCACUGGUGGACCCGACGGUCAGCCUCAGUGUCCAGCCGCACCUAUCUGCCUUGACUCCGGCCAGUAGGACCCUAUCCACGCAGUCACCUGAAAUUAAAUGGACAGUUGUUCCUGUGGUCCAGGAAGUAGAGACAGCUAACACUACUAAAGCCACAGACGGACCCAUAGCUGGACAGAACUCCACAGUGAAAUCACCGUCUCCCCGAUCCGCCACUCCGAUCUCAAGCAAUCAACAGCCACAGUCAGCGGCACCCCGUGGGCCCGUUACCAACUCAACCAAUCAACAGACAAGUGCCACCACACAAGGAUCGGCCACCACGGCAACAACCACAGAACUCAGGGGUACUUUGUCAAGCACAACCAAACAACUGAGGAAGGCUACUGAACCAGGAAGUACAGCAAGUGUCACCCGCCAAUCCACCAAGACAGAGCCGACCCCAGUUCACACCACCCCUUCUCUCCAAAUCGCGAGGGGGCGCUAUGUCCCCAAAAAUGACACCCACUCGCCUCAGAGGAACCACUCUGCGCCCGUAGGCCGCCCUCGCCUCCCCCCAUCAACUGUGUCUUCCACCCCUUCACCCCUGCCAAGCGCCUUGCCUCUACCCAAUGGCACCUCUCUCCUCUGGGAUGACCUGAGUAGGACGCUGGCCUUCUCCUGGGAGCUCCAUGUCUACGGCUCGGCCGGCCUCUUCCUGCUCCUCAUGACCGGAGCCGCCCUGGGCCUGGCUCUGUCUCCCAGCAUGCACUGCCCACACCGCGGCGCCCUGGCCCUGGCCAACGGCCUCCUCUUCCUGGGGGGCGCAGCCAGGGCCGCCCUCUUCCUGGUUGACCCCUACGGGACGAGGAAGGUCAUCCCUCGGCCCGUCGUGACCGCUCUCUACAACCUCCCGCUGCCCUUGUUGGUGUGGGCUCAGGGCGCCAUGGCGCUGCUUUCCAUCAAGGGGGCGGGGCUGAGCCUGCUGCCCUCUGCCCUGGAGCGCCCCGCGCUGGCAGCUGUGCUGGCUGUGCUGCAGUGCACUCUGCUGCUGGCGGCCGACCUGCUCUCCCCGGCCCUGUCCCCGAUCGUGCCGCUCACCCUUCAGUGCAUGUCCAUCUGCUGGGGCCUGGUUCUCUGCCUGGCCUACCUGGGCUACGUCUUCCCCUGCCUGCGAAAUCUCCCGGCCCAGCCGCCCGUCCCAGAGGAGGGAAGGACCGUCAAAGCCUGGCCGGGGGGCAGGCGAACCAGGUUAGUGCUGGCUCGCGUGCUGGCGGUGUGCGCCCUCCUGGGGGUGCUGUGCUGCGCGCUCCAUGUCUACACCAGCCUGUGGCUCUACGGGCUCCUGGGGGACUGGACGCGCUUCAGUUGGACCUGGUGGCUGACGCACUUCUGGGCCCGGCUGCUGGAGCUGGCCUGGGCCUUCUCUCUCCUCCUGCUGGGCUCCUGGGUGUUCUGGAGGCCCCGGGGGGGGCGAGGGAGAGGGGACGGCGGGGCGGGGGAGAGCCGGGCUGCGGGCGAUCUCCCCUCGCCCGGACAGUCCUCCGGGUCGACGAACAAACACACCUGCUGGGCCAAGAUAGUCCAGAGCCUGACGGGGAAGACCUGCGGGAAGUCCGAGAGCAACGGGGUGGGAGGGGGCGGAGGAGGCACGGGCGAGUUGCCCAACAACUGGGCGGGGCAGGAACGCUCCGGAGCCGACAUCAGCAAGAGCCUGAUCCGAAACCAGAACUGUGAGGCUCUGCCCUCACAGGUGCGCAGCAUCAAGGACAGCAACCGGGGGCGCAACCAGAGGGGCAGAUCGGCGGAAAGGAGCGGGUGGGAUGGCUCUGCGGGGUCCCUGCUUCGGAUGCAGGCGCUAGGACGUCCCCCGCAGCGCUCGCUCAGUGGCAGCCUGGAGCGGGAGAAGGAGUCGCGGGUGUCUCUUUAUGAGUUCGACCUGAGGCCUCCCUCCCCCAUUGACCUGAGCCGGAGCAUCGAUGAAGCCCUGCACCGAGAGCACCUCCUCCACGGAGGGAGCCUGUUCCAGCCCCUCUGCGCACCGUCGCCUACUCCUUCCCCGGGCUCGGCCGGCAGUCAGGAGGGGCCCUGGCUCCGCAGGAACAGCGACCCCCAGAUCUCAGACAGCAGCGAGGAGCCCUCAGCCCGCACGGAGUCCUCCGUGCCGCUAGGGGGCAGUGUGCUCAGCAGUGUUCCCAGCAGGCAGGUCACGGCUCCCCCCACGCCCUCUCACCAGGGCCACCGCUGGGCCGGGGAUGGGGGAGUAAGUGUCCCCUCCUCAGUGUCCUGUCCCGUGUCGCUGCGCCACUCCAGGGCCUCCACGGGUCAUCUGGGGGAUGAGAGGGGGGAUGACACCAGGCCAUUUUUCACCCCAGACUCUGAGAGGGGGAGGGCAGGGAGGAACGGAGCGGGAAGGAAAAGCUACCUGGAGGUGAGCAGGCAAGAUGACUCAGCCAGCGUAAGCAGUGACAUUAUCGACCUUUGAACCCAGGACGUCAUGCUUCCAGACAAAACCAUCAAGAAGCACACGUACGCAAUACCUUAACUCUGUCCAGUCAACUAGAUAGAUUGUCACUCAACUAAGCCCCACAGAGGACUUUGGAAAUGAAAAUACAUAAAUACUUCCAUAUAUCUCGAGUGAAACAGUGUUUUCUAAAUGGGACUUUUUUCCGUGUUCGCUUUAAAUUUGAAUGUUUCUAAAGCUGUCACUGGUGCGACUAAUCAGACUCAGACUCUGGGGCAUAGAGCACAGGUGUGAAGAAAUGAAAACUCAGACAAACAGAUGCAUACAGAUGAAUAUCUAUACACAACUGAUGCAUCUCAUACUGCAGUGCACUCAUUUGCUUUGUAACACUACCAUUGAGGGUGUUCUUGAGAGAACAGAGGAACGGAUUAACAAGGGACUGGCGUUGGUGACAAUAGUGUUUCCGUAAUAUAUCCACUGGUCAGCAAUAUCAUUCCCGUUAUUGGGUCCAUAGCUUAGACUCUGGACAUAAAUGUUGAAUAAAUGAAUGUGGUGGUUCCUACCUUUAUAAAAGCCUGUGUGCUACCUGUGAAAUUGUCUUUGUUGGCUUUAAUUUACUGUUGUUGAUAUUUCAACCUAAUGUGUUUAUUUCCUGCAUUUUUUGAUAUGUGCCAUACUACAAUAAUUUUGUUGAUGGUUGAUUUCGUUACAAUGAUUUUGUUGGUGGUCGGUUCUUUCUGCUGGAAGAGAGAGCUGUUCACUUACACCAAAACGUUGCCUGUUGUAGUUUCAUAAUUUAGUUUGUGUUGUAUGUACGUUAAUGUGAUGUGUAUUAUAUAAGACAACCCCUUAGCGACAACUGAAAUGAUGUGCAGAAAGGAAGCUCAUUGGACUGUGAAACUAUUGCUGAAUCCCAGAGACUAAAAUAGUCUCUGCUAAAACCAGAUGUUUGAGUUUGAAAAUGACGCCGGUACAAUGAUUUUGGUACAUUCGUUCAUCACGGACCGUCAAAGCCCACAAAUGCAUUUUUAACAUGUAAUAUUACUGACAACAGCGUGAACAAAGCCAAUAUUUGAUAAUUUGCCGCAUAUCAGUGCACACAGUCAACCUGAGCUAGUUUUAGCUCCAGUAAUAUUACGUACAGCUAAGCGGCUGCAUUUUCAGCGCUAGCCUGCUAUGAACCACAAACCUCCUAUACUGUGGUACUGUUCAGUAUAAACCUAGGCACUCUGGGUCGAAGUAUUUGUACUACACAGGGAAACGAUCGUAUACAUAUUAUGUAACAUAAGAAAAUGUAAAUACUGUUAUUUUUCAAAGUUUGUAAAUAAAGAUGCACUUGAAAAUGA